AUGAUCUAACUUCCUUCUCUCCUCUCCUCUCCUCUGGCGAAGAGGGAGUGGGAGACACAGAGAGAGACUCAGAGAAAAGAGAAAACCAAGCAUCCCUUAAGACUCUCUCUCUCUCUCUCUCUGUGUGUGUGUCCCCGUGUGUGAUACAUACACAGCACUAGCAAUAACCGAAACUCUCUCUCUCUCACACACUUGUUCCGCCAUCAUGAUCUCCUCCAACAAAUGUUCCUUCAUGUGCAAUUCGGGUGUAGGUGGGUGGCCUUUUUGCACCAACUACUCUGGUUCGCAGAGAAAGCGUUUGGGUCCUUCCAGAGUCACGUGUUCUGCUCCCAGCAGCAGCAAAAGACACGGCAGCGUUGUGAUGGAGACACCGUUGAAAGAGAUGAACGGAGAUUCCACGGUGGCUGACGUCGACGACAACCCAACCUCCGGCGGUGGCGUUCAGGAUGUGUAUGGUGAAGAUAAGGCCACGGAGGAUCAGUUUGUUACUCCAUGGAGUGUUUCUGUAGCUAGUGGAUAUACUUUGUUGAGAGAUCCACACUUUAACAAAGGAUUGGCCUUCACUGAAACAGAGAGAGAUGCUCACUACUUGCGUGGUCUUCUUCCCCCUACAGUUAUAUCUCAAGAAACUCAGGUGAAGAAACUGAUCCAACAUAUACGCCAAUAUCAAGUUCCAUUGCAGAAGUACAUGGCAAUGAUGGAUCUUCAGGAGACAAACGAAAGGCUGUUUUACAAGCUUCUAAUUGAUCAUGUUGAGGAGUUACUCCCAGUUGUCUAUACUCCAACAGUUGGUGAGGCUUGCCAGAAAUAUGGGAGCAUCUUCAUGCAACCUCAGGGUCUUUAUAUAAGUUUGAAGGAGAAAGGGAGGAUUCUUGAAGUACUAAAGAAUUGGCCUGAGAAGAACAUCCAAGUCAUUGUUGUAACUGAUGGAGAGCGGAUUCUGGGUCUUGGGGAUCUUGGUUGUCAAGGGAUGGGAAUACCAGUUGGAAAACUUUCUUUAUACACAGCGCUUGGUGGAGUUCGUCCUUCUGCUUGCCUUCCUAUUACCAUUGAUGUGGGUACAAACAAUGAGAAGUUGUUGAAUGAUGAAUUAUAUAUAGGGCUCAAACAUAGGCGAGUAACUGGGCAGGAGUAUGCUGAACUUUUGCAUGAAUUUAUGACUGCAGUCAAGCAAAAUUAUGGUGAAAAAAUUCUCAUUCAGUUUGAAGACUUUGCAAACCACAAUGCUUUUGAUCUACUUGAAAAAUAUAGGUCAACACAUCUUGUUUUUAACGAUGAUAUUCAGGGAACAGCUUCAGUGGUCCUUGCAGGACUAGUUGCAGCUCUGAAAUUGGUUGGGGGAAACUUGGCUGAUCACAGGUUCUUAUUCCUUGGUGCUGGAGAGGCUGGCACUGGAAUAGCAGAACUCAUAGCACUUGAAACAUCAAAACGGAUAAAUGCCCCACUGGAUGAAGUUCGCAAGAACAUUUGGUUGGUGGACUCAAAGGGUUUGAUUGUGAGUUCCCGUAAAGAAUCGCUUCAACAUUUUAAGAAGCCCUGGGCUCAUGAACAUGAACCUGUUCAGGAACUUGUAGAUGCUAUUAAUCAAAUUAAGCCAACAGUGCUAAUUGGAACAUCAGGACAAGGGAGAACAUUUACUAAAGAAGUAAUUGAAGCUAUGGCUUCCAUUAAUGAGAAACCUAUUAUUCUUUCUCUUUCCAACCCAACAUCACAGUCAGAAUGCACUGCUGAAGAAGCUUAUACAUGGAGCCAGGGACGUGCCAUUUUUGCUAGUGGGAGCCCAUUUGCCCCAUUUGAAUACGAUGGACAAGUGUUUGUGCCUGGCCAGGCCAAUAAUGCAUACAUUUUUCCUGGAUUUGGUCUUGGUUUAAUAAUGUCUGGGACCAUUCGUGUACACGAUGACCUGCUUCUGGCAGCUUCUGAGGCUUUGGCUUCACAAGUGACUCAGGAGGACUAUGACAAGGGGCUCAUAUACCCACCAUUCACUAACAUCAGAAAGAUUUCAGCACACAUAGCUGCCAAUGUGGCUGCUAAGGCCUAUGAGCUUGGCUUGGCCACUCGCCUUCCUCAACCAAAGGAUUUGGUGAACUUUGCUGAGAGCUGUAUGUAUACCCCAGCCUAUAGAAGCUACCGGUGAAGUAACAAUAGUUCAUUUUUCAAAUUUGGGUUUUUGUCAUGAAAUAAUUUUAUUUUAUUUGUACUUGUCCCUUUUCUACUCUUGUAAGUUAUUGUAUUUGUUGGAAUAGAAGUUAGGUGGUUGGUAGUAGAGGAAGAUGGACUUGUAUUAUAGCUUGAAAUAUUUGUAUUUCGCCAUAAGUUUUAUUUGACAAUAAUUAAAAAUUAGAAAAUGAAGCAUUUGAAAGCAUUUUCAACCAU